UGCUUCCACAAUUGAGGAGUGUAACUUCGACGGAAUUGGGUUGUGAUGCGCGGGGCUUUUCACGUGCUGGAAAGGAUACGAGGGUAUGGUAUUGUGUUGUUUUAGCUGGGAGGUAUAGCCAGGAGCUCAAUGAAAUGCGUGAAACUGUUCGCAGGGUUCAAAAAACUCUUUCAAAUGAUGGAGAAUUGACUGCAGUGGAUCAAGAUCCAUCAUCUGCACCAGCUCUGCUUGCACUAAAACAGAAACGACUGACAUUUACCUGGCUUGAUGGGGAAGCACAGAAAAGUUUCUGUUUCUUCUACAUUAAUUCAGAAAAUAGUUAUGAGACCUGCGGGCCGAGGAGGGAUAUAACAGACAUAGCACAAUUGUUUAUUGUACGCUAUGAGAGGAAUGGUACAGAGGAUGUCGAAAAGCAGCCAACCAGCAGAUACUCAGCAUUGUACAAUGUUGAAGCUGAUCCUGCAUCUCAGCUCGUGGCAAAAUACAAUGGUUCUAAUAAAAUUGAAGAGAUUGUACAAUGGAUUUCUGAGAUAAUCAAAGAUGGCGACUCCAAGAGUCUUCCUUCAUUUAAAACAAGGACUCCUGAAUUGGUUCCGGAGGAUGCAGAUUCCAGUUGGUCAUCUUGGUCUCAAGGAACCGUUGGCCCUAGUGGAGGAUUUAAUCAUAGGAUCAAAAGUUUCCUAAAUAGAAUUCACGAUUACAGUGGUGAUCCAAGGGUUGGACCCUUUCUGCUCCUGGCAGCAUUAAUCUCAUUUGGUAGUGUUUGGCUGAGGAGAAGUAAGGUAGCUCAGUCAAGCGAACCAGAUCAUUCGAGCGAGAGAUCCAAUGAGCCAGAACAUUUGAGCCGGCAGACCAGGGAGUCUGAUCACACUCAGCCAAGCGCAAAGGACGCAACCACACGAAAGCGAAGAAAUCGCCCAAGAAACGAUCUUGUUCCACCUUCUAUGACUGACGUGGAACCGAAAGAUGCUUGCGAAGUGGAAUUUUCAGAUUCUGAUACUGGCUAGUUGGAUUCAAAUAACUGCUGGCUGUUUUAUUAGCACAGGGUAGAAGCUGAAAUUUGUUGCGAGCAGGCGGAUGACUAACAACAACCUCCCUUACAUAACUGGUUGCCUUGCAGGCAUCAAUACCAUAUACAUUGAGAUCGAUAAAGUUUCUUGAUGUGUAAACAUAUCGGUAGUUUAGUUUUAAUUUAUGAACAGAGAAUUGAUAAAAUAGUGACCAAGAUCAUAUGUCACGACUGAAAAACAUUACUGCAAAAAUAUAUCACGAUUCUGAUAGAGUAAAGUUCAUUAUAAUAUUUAGAAUCUUC